AUGUCAGCAUUAGAGAGCUUGCAGGAGCAGAUUUGCUAUGUGGAAUGCUGCAUUUGCAAUACCAUCUUACUUGUUAUCGUUCCUUACAACAGCUUGGCAAUGGCGGUGGCAAUCAAUUGCGGUCACUGCGAUAACAUCUUCUCUCUCAACACGCUACACCUCUUUCCAUCAAUCAACCAACAACGUAAAAUGGUUGCGGACGAAGAUGAUGAUGACGAUGCAGACAGGGAUUAUGUAUGGUGCAACCAUGUUAUCCAGAAACCACCGGAAAAGAAGAAACGCGGUCCGACUGCAUACAAUCGCUUCAUCAAGUACGAAAUCAAGAGGCUCAAGGCUGAGCAUCCCAACAUCACUCACAAGGAAGCUUUUAGUGCUGCUGCCAAAAAUUGGGCACAUUGCCCACAAAGAGAGUAUAGAGAUGGACAAGUCAGUGCUUGUGACGAAGGAGACAUGGUCAUGCAAUCCAUUGCCCAUCAUGAGGUGCAUUUUCUUGGCAAUGCUUUACAUGAAACAAAGGCAUUGAGACAAUGUGGUUGAACCACAACACCUUUCUAUUGAAGGGGUCAAUUUCUCGGGCAACGCCAUUCGAAAAGAGAGAAUUGCAAGUGGUGAUUAAGGAGGGGCUUGAUGAAAAUUGAGUUUUAUUUUCUCUCUUUCUUUUUAUAGAUUAUGAAUUGACUUCAUU